GAUUCUUCACGAUGAGUCGCCACCCACCACGCACUGCCAUCUCGUGAAUGCCGUCUUGUGGUUCUACUUGCGACGACGGGGUGGAUGGUUCAUGAAGCAACACAUAGUACCUGCGAGGGUGCUGUGUGUGUAUCCGGUCUCAUUCGACACGAUGCUCUGUCUGUUUGUGCUGCUGCAGGUACACGGACGCAGACGGACACUCCCACGAACAAAUCGCAUUGUGCGACGGCCUCGUUCAUAAUUAUUGUGUGUGUUUGCUCCUGCUCCUGCUCCUGCUCCUGCUCCAAAUAGUCCCAAGGUCUCACAUGCAUCCAUGGAUCGAGUCAAACGGGGAGCGGAUUUGGAACUCUCGCUAUCAAUCGGAGCAACAAUUGAGUUCCAUUAGCCAAUCAUCGGCUGAUAUCUUUAAUUUCAUUUGACUUCUAGUGCGGGGCGUGGAAGACUUCACUGGGAUUAGGGGUUAUUCAAGGUUUCGCAUGCUCACAGCUCACUCAGACUAGGGAGGCGUCGGCAGCAAGAGGCAGUGAGAGGCAGUCAGUCGGGGGGAGCAGGUGGUCGAGGGGGGAGACUGCUGGAUUGCCACGGGGUGAGUAUCAGACUUCAGACUUCACUCGCAUCCUCACACUCACAUUCACAUUCACAUUCACGCGCACCCUCGGGGCAUGCUGGGAGGAGACUGGGAGGAGACUGGGAGGAGACUGGGAGGAGACGAGCAAGCUACAGAUCACAGCCGACAGCCGACUCCCUCCCAGACACAACGAGGUACAGAAGUCAGAAAGGAAAAGAAAAGAAAGAAAAAAAGGGAGCACGGUUGCCAGAGCGACGCGUCUAAGAAUCCACCCUCCCUCCUACAGACAGACAGACAGACCCCCAACGAAAGAAAGAAAAAAGCGACCCAGCUCAGCACAAUCAAAUCGGGCAUAAUUGUGAUAAGAUGCGUAAUAUCAUCAUAAUAAAUAAUAAAUAAUAAAUAAAUAAACAAGUCGAUAAUAGUAUUACCCUCGUUAUUAUCCGAUUAUUCUACUUCCGGUAAUAGAAUAGAAUGAAUGAAUCCAUCCCAUCCCAUCCCAUGGAAACCACAAAAAGUCAGCCCCAUACAAUUUUAUACUCUCUUGUCGCUCUUCUCUCCUCUUCUUCUCUCCUCUCCUCCUCUGCUCCUCUCCUCCUCUCCUCUCCUGCCAGUCAACCAGCCCGUGAUAACAUAAUCGGUCCCGGUACGACAAUACACCCCCUUCAACGCCCUCGCCCUCCACCAACAUCCAACUGCCUCUCUCUCGUUCUUCUCAUUUCUCCUUCGUUGCUGCACCGGUUCCUGUCCCGUACCGGCAAAUCCAUCUUCCUCAAGAUAGUGUCUUUCCGAGUCAACAUCGACCGCCGCUUUCUCCUUUUUAAUAUUGAAAAAAAAAAAAAAACUCCUUUAUUUUAAAUCACCCAUAAAACCGCCGUACAGGAUUCAGCCGGGAGUGAAUAUCCUUCUCCUUCGUAACCCCGUUCAACCAACCAGCUUACUUAUACAUUCGUUCUAAACUACUAUAAAAUCCAUCCAUCAACUACGCGCAUUCCUCGCGUCUGAUAACGAGAAGGGCCGGCGUGCUUUUUUAUCAACAUUGUCAUUUGUCCAAAAUCCCACAUUCCACAAAUAUACAUCUGGCUACUGCAAGGUGAUUAUCCUUCUCCACAACGACACAUUCGGGGUUUUGGGGCUGCAAGUAGGUGACUUGAUGAGAGAUGUCUUCUUCGUCUUCGCAACCGGUCCCUCCACUGAGGAUUCAAAAGGGUUCCUUUUCAUCUGGAUCGCCCGUCAAAACUUCCACACCGCGGCCACUUUCAGAGCUAGCUCCCACAGCCCAGAGACGAAACUCUCCAAGUUAUAGGCAAGCCACCAAGAAGAUGAGUCUCAAUCUCAAUGGAGAUUCGUCUCCAUUCCAGUCCUCCCCGUUCACUUCCGCCGAAGGCUCCUCUCCACAUCUCUUCUGGCAGAACCGUGAUCCAGGCACACCAAAUCGAGUCGGCACGGAAAAUGUGCACAAAGAUUCGUCGAUAUCACCCACAAGAAAAUCAUCCAUCGAACGUCUACAGCGCGCGUCGCGUGUUAAGAACAGUACCAUGUACGCAAGGGAGCAGAAACUCGAAUACGACCCGAUGUCAAUACCUGUGGUGGAGAGACCAUUAGCGAAGAACAUGCAAGGCAAUGCUUACGGAGGAAAAGGUCUGGAAGGGUUUAGAUCGGAGCAAAAUCGACCAUAUAACCACAUGAAGACGGAUAGUAAAAGCAGUAUUUCACUAGCCAGUCCGCCGCCCCUGAGCCCGAACAGAGAACCAUUAAAGAUAGCAGCAGCAACAAACGGUCUGCGGUCACCCAGCAGAGAUCAAAUCUCUCCCACAAAGUCCUCCAUGGCAACGAGUCGAUUUACUGGCAAGGCACUUUACGAUCCAGAGCACAAUACUUUUGGCGAUGAAGAUUCGGGCGAUGAGAGAGAACGCGAGCUUCCACCUGGACGAAGUUUACACCGACAUGCGAAGAGUGUUACUUUUGAUGUAGCUCCUCCACAGAUCAACGAGUACGAACUGGCUACACCUGACAUAUCAUCUAUUGGAACAGGUUCUCGGGAGAAUAGUUAUGAUUCCGAGGAGGAUGACGAAGAGGAUCUUUACUACCAUGACAAUGGGCUGGAGCAAGAUGAUAGCUUUGAUGCUUCUCUUGAGGAUAUUGAAAAGACACCAGUUGUUGGACCGGAUGACUGGAGACAUCCUAGCCCGAGAAAUAGCUAUGGUCAAGGUUCGGGUUACUUUGAUGAUCCAUUUGAUGGUCCAGAUGGUAGUCCAAGGCCUGAUGCUCGUCCUACAUCCUCGGCUGGGCGUCCUGCUGGGACACGCAAUGAUUCGUUGAACUCAAAUGGCGAACAUCGACCACUACCACCCCUACCCGGUAUGGCUGCUAAUGACCGAAGGGGCUCAGCAUCCUCGGGCAUCGAGCGUGGAGCAACGAGUUCGCCGAGAAACCUGCCUACGCCACCUCCUCCUACCUCCAUCAGCAAAGCAGAUCUUCAAGGAAUGAACGGAAACAAGCUGACUUUGGAGGAGAGAUUGCAUUUGAUGAUGAUUCAGGACGAUGAUCGGCCAAAGUCUUCUGAAGGUAGACCAAAAUCUGCCGAGAGAGAUGAACAACGAGAGCGACGAAUGCGUCGUGCAGGAGCACGUAAGAGUCAAACACCUGAGCGAGAAGCCCAGCCCAUCAAAAUUCAUGAAGACAAAGAAGACCGAGAAGAUCAUGAUGAUGAAGAUGCAUUAGAUGAUCUUCCAGGAUUGGGUUCGUAUCAAUUACCACCUCGCAUCUCACGAGAAUCGAUUUUGAGAAAGGUCAAUGGUCAGGAACCAUUUACUCGGGAGUCGGAUUACAAUUUGGAUUCGCCUCUACCCAGCUCAAGUCCCGAACGUCCGACCACCGCUGAAAUGGCACAUAUGGACCCAGACACUCCUAUUCCAUCUACAGAGGAUUCUUUUGUUGAGUCUGUGGACGAGGACGAUGAGGAUGACGAGGAUGACGAAAACAGCAUUUUAAUCAAGUCAGAGGCUGAGGAUGACGAAGAAGAAGAAGCGGACAUGUAUGCUCUUCCCGACAUGUAUCAGCGAACCGAGUCCGGGAUGGAGAGUCAUCAGACCGAGAGCGAAGUUGGGACGGUGGAUGAUUCUGAAUUGGAUAGCCAUUAUUCCGAUGAAACAUCAUCCGAAGUGCCACUCCAUGAAAGCCCACAAUUCCAAUCAAACAGCGUUCCAGAAGAGGAUGGUCCACCAACUCCAAGAAACAUCAGUCCUUCUAGCAUCUCAUCAGACCCUGCCAAGGAGAACAAAAGGAUAUCCCUGCCCGAGUUCUCAGGACUUCUCGCCGAUAACACAGACUUGAGUCUGAGUCUCAGAUCUUACAUGACACCAUCCCCUGAACCUCAAAAUGAAAAAGAAAGAAAGGUCUCUCUGAUGUCAGAGGCCCACGAAUAUCUGCAAGGAUCCAAAACACCAGAGGUGGAUGAUGAAGUUCUGCACCCGGCACCAAUUCAUGAGCGUAAAGAAAGUGUGGCGGAAACCGAACCAGAUACCGAAACAGAAACUGAGGGGGAAACCGAGGGAGAGACUGAGGGAGAGACUGAAGGAGAAACUGAAGGAGAGACUGAGGCAGAGACCGAGGAUGACACUCCGGAGCCACAGCAGAUUGUUCCCGAGCCCCAAGAGGAACCUGCCCCAAUGUCGCCACUCAAGAAAAUGGUUUCGCGUCCAGAAUAUGAUGGAUCUGAAUGGGGACCACAAGAAGAUGAUGAUGAUGAGGAAAUGUCAGAGUCAGAUUCAGUGAUUCAUCAUCCAGUUGAUGAGCCAAUCGAUCAUCCAUUCAGGGCAUCUUUGGAUCAACCAUUUAGAUCGUCGAUCGAUCAGCCAUUUCAACACCCCUUCAUCAACCCUCCCAAGAUCUCUCCCACACCACCACCACCCUCAGACUCUCCUGGCAUCCCCGAAACAGUUGCUACCAUCAAAGCCCGAAGCGGAUCCAAACUCAAGACAAGGCCAUCCGUAACGCCUUCUGACCUAGCAGCCAUGCGUGAAGCUCGACGUCAAGUCAGUGGUGCUGGCCCUGUCGUUCCCCCAAUCCCUCAACGACACCGCAAUCGACCUUCAUUAAAUGGAGAGGAAGACCCCGACGAUGAGGAUGAUGCUAACGAUGAUGAUGACAACAAUGCGGAGAAGGGCACUUUACAGCGAGCUCCCAGCUUCAAAAAGCGAAGUCUCACACUAGACAUCGGCGGUGAUCUUGGACUUAACUUGGAGUCAGAUUUCGACCGGGUCAUUGAAUCUUCCAAGCGAGGAUAUUUGAUGCGACAAAAUACCAAAGUAGUUGUUGCUAGCAGUGAUGAAAGAGAACCACGGAAUACCAAAUCAGUCGAAAACUCGCCUACUAAACCAGAUAAUCGACCACAGUCUUGGGUCGUUGAACCGUGGAACGGCUCUCGCAGAAGCAGCGCUCGACCUUCCAGUCCACGCAAGAAGCCUCCAACUGGUCCAGUACCUCCAAUGCCAGGUCACGAAAGCAACGCCACUGGUUUAGGUAUCGUAACAGAAGGUCAAGUUGCAGAAGCUACAUCUGAUGAAGGUAGUGAGCGUGGGAGGUUGUUCGUGAAAGUCAUUGGAGUGAAGGACUUGGAUCUCCCCUUACCCAAAAAUGAACGAUCAUGGUUCAGCCUGACUUUAGACAAUGGUGUUCACUGUGUUACCACAGCAUGGUUAGAGUUGGGACGAAAUGCUCCCAUCGGACAAGAAUUCGAACUUGUUGUGCCAAAUGAGCUUGAGUUCCAAUUGACAUUGAACGCAAAACUUGAGAAGCCACCACCACCAAAGCGCGCCCAAACUUCUCCAAUCAAAGCUUCAAAACCUUCGAAGCCUUCGACUUUCAGCCGAGUAUUUGCUUCACCAAAGAAGAGAAAGGAACUUGAGAUGAGGCAAAAGGAAGAAGAACAACGCAUUGCACAACAAAAGCAACAAGACGCUCAAGCAUUGAAGAAAUCUUCGCAGCCAACUGCGUGGGAUCUCCUCUCACCGCUUGCUGCCGCAGAUGGUAGCUUUGGUAGAUCUUACGUUUGUCUAAAGGAUCAUGAGACCCGCUGCUUUGGAAGACCUUAUAACGUCGAUGUGGCUGCUUUCAAUGAAUGGGCUACUGAAGAGGUUAGUCAAUCGUCGAGUGUUAUGAGCAAACGUAGCGUUCCUCCUCCAGUUCGAAAGCGCGCUCCCUAUACCAUCGGAAAGUUACAGUUGCAGCUCCUUUUCGUGCCAAAACCAAAGGGUGCAGGUGAUGAUGACAUGCCCAAGAGUAUGAAUGCUUGCAUCCGCGAGAUGAAGGAAGCCGAACUUGAGGUUGCUAGACAAUUUGAGGGCCACCUGAGUCAACAAGGUGGUGACUGUCCUUUCUGGCGUCGUCGUUUCUUCAGAUUAUCAGGAAGCAAACUCACAGCUUACCACGAGUCAACCAGGCAGCCUCGUGUCACUAUCAAUCUUGCAAACGCCAAUAGACUGAUUGAUGAUCGCAGAGCACUAACACAAAAGGAAACUACUGCUAAAUCUGGUAAACGUCGCAAGUCUGGUUUUGCUGAAGAUGAGGAAGGCUACAUGUUUGUUGAAGAAGGUUUCCGUAUUCGAUUCAACAAUGGUGAAGUCAUUGAUUUCUAUGCAGACUCACCAGCCGAUAAAGAAGCAUGGAUGUCUGUUCUCGAUCCUUGUGUAGGAAAAGAACGUGCGGGCGGUAAAGGUGGUUGGUGUGAAAUGGUUCUCAAGCGAGAAGAACAUAUUAUGAGGAAAGCUUCCGGAGCUUCGGGCAAGGGCCGAUCACAUUCGAGAGUUAAGAGCACCAUCUUUUGAUCUCUCUCCUUGACGUUUACUUCGUCGGUUUACGUCGCCUUUACAACAACUGAAAAGGGAUUUUCCUUUUCUUGUAUUACUCUCUGCCCGGGCGGCCUUCAUUCUAUUUCGGCGAAUUACUGUUUCUUCACGUGCGGAUCCGGCUAGAAGUAGAUAAAAAAGUUUUGUCAGUUUUAUUGACAGACACAUGCACCAUUUUUGUUUAAUACAUCAUCUCUUGAUAUGGUAGCGAGCGGGUUUAUGGUUGGGGUGGGGGAAGUGGGAGCAUAAUUCUUGACUUUUUUGUCUUAUUUGCGUUUUCACAACUACCUCUGUAAGAUUUCUGGUUUGAGUAGUCUUAGCGAGUUUUUUCUUUUCUUUUGGCAUGCGAAGGCAACAAACUUUUCUGUUUUGUUUUAAGGAUUAGGUUAUCUUUGUUUCCUGCCGUUUUUUUUUACCUUUUCUUUUGACUGGUUGGUUCAUAGUUUGGGUUUCCUUUCUUUGGGAAUUGGAUUGGAAUGGGGGUUUUAAGGGGACUGGAGGAGAAUGGAUUGGUGAAGGGGAGAUGAAGAUGCAUGGGGAGGAGGUGAGAUGAGACGGUGUGGGAGAAGGAAGAUUGUCAGUGGAUCUUGGUGACAAGAAAGAAAGUUGAUUCGAUUUCAGUAAUGAUUCGUGAUGGAUGUGAUGAGGAGAUGAAAUACACGUAUACGUAUGAAGGGAGGUGUAGAGAAGUUUAUGAGUUCGAUAGGGAGAUGGAAGGAGAGGGUGUAGUGAGGAAAUAGUGUGUGAGGAAUGGGAAAUGAAAAUGAGAAAAUGAAAAAGAAUAUUAAAUUUAUAUUUUAUGA